AUGGAGGUCUACGCCAUCGCGUCCGUCUUCGGCGACCCUCGCACGCGCCAGCGCACCCACACAGAUCACGACGGCGGCAGGCACCCGAAGUGGGAGGACACGCUCUGGUUCGCCGUCCCGCCCACGGCGGCCGCGGCCUCCGCCUACCUCCACGUGCUCCUACGCACCGAGCGCCUCUUCGGCUUUGACGACCGCGACGUCGGCGAGGUGUUCGUCCCUCUCGCCGACCUACUCGACGGCGCCUCUGGUAGCACCACGGCUUGGCGCUGCGCGUCGUACCAGUGGCAAUGCCCCGAACGCCGCGGCAUGCUCAGCGUUUCGUAUCGUCUGGGCCCUGUCAUGGCGCCCGUGUUCCGCGACGACCCCGCGGCUCUGGGGUACGAGGUGACGGCGCCGUGGCAGUACCGCCCUCCGCGAUAUGCUUACGUGCCGGAGUACCAGUUGGUCUAUCCUCCGUCGUAUCUUCGCAUGCCGCCGGCGCCAGAGCUUGGAGCCGGCUCUGGCGCGGCCGCUGCGUCGGCGGGGACGAAGAACAUUCUGAAGAGCGGCAGCUUGGGGCUCGGCUCUGGGCUGCUCGGCGGAGGCUUUGGGGGUACGAUGUUCGGCGACAUGUCGUCGUUGUACAAAUCGUUCCAUGACGAUGCCGGGCACGGGGCCGCGGCAGUCGACACUGGAGUGGUUGCCAUCUAA